AUGUUUUGCUCCGCGCGUGGUUCGGAAGUUGACGAAGAUGCAAACUUUUGCAAAAGCUGUGGCAGAGGUACGUUUCUUAAUUUAAAUUGUUCGUAUUUGAAUUUCUUUUUGUUCCAAAUAACGAUAGGCGUGAGAAGACACUGCCACGGAUUAGCUGAUUAGCACAUGUCUGGAAUAAGAUUGUGCAUGUAGCCUGUGUGUAAAAAGAAAGCGUUCAUAAUGUAUGUGCCUGGAUAAAUUAAGGAUUUUUCAAAAGGUGGAAAAUACUGUACGCUUGCAAACAGUCAGUCGAUUAUAUUUUUUUCUCUUUGAUUCUCUUGGCAUUGUAUUGUGUUGUAUUGUACAUGUUAAGAAGUAGAAAAAGUGGCCUGUGUUCAUCCCUAUAUUUUUAAGGACCUAAGGCUAGAAGAUUCAAGUGAGGAUAAAGACUCUAGCAAUGAAGUUGAGGUGGAAAUUGAUGAAGAGACCGUUAUCAAAUAUUAUUUUCAACGCGGUUUUAGUUAUGAAGAAAUCAUUCAUUUCCUUGCUAAGCGUCACGACCAUGAAAUAAGUAACACUUUUAAGGCAAUUAAAGAGAUAUGGACUUACGAGAAGUAG